AUGAAUGAUUUCCAUGUUGCAUCUACACUAGAAUCAUUAUCAUCAACGAAGAUUAAAGAGAGAUCAUCAGCACUUGAAGAAUUAACCUCACUGUUGAAAAGAGAUCCGGAGGCUAUUCCAACAAAAUCGCUUGCAUCUACUACAGAAACCUUUAUUGAAUUACUUGAUCUGGAAACAAGGAAAUAUGAUAAAUUAUUAGAACAGCCAGAUGACUCUAAUGUGAAUAAGAUACAUCUACUGGAGAAUAGACUCUCAACAAUUGCUUAUGUGUUCAGGUUAUUCAUCGAGAAGACAUUCUCUCGUUGUAAACUAAAAACUAUGAACUUAUUAUUGACAGCGUUACCUGAAUUAAUGACCAGAUAUGAAUCAGAUGCUAUUGUUACUCCAAUCGCUGCCCAUUUAUCAGCAGCUUUACUAUACAUCAUACGGAGUGAUAAAUUUCAAUUUAAACUUACAGUCCAGAGAUAUAUCACUUUGGUAGAAAGAAUAUGCAAAAAUAUAGAAGUGUAUCUUCAAAUCUCACUCACUGAUCCUAUCAUUUCCAACCUUAUAUCAAUUGUUGACACGCUAGUUUCUUAUGAUAAUCUAGGACUAAACCAACUAUCCGUGCUACUCCAUGGAACUGUCAUUAAAUACAUCCGGUCAUGCAAGAAGGAAAAUGGUAACACAUAUCCUAUCCUUAGGCUAAUCAAUCAUUUAGUCGUGAAGACUCAUUGUUUAAAUAUUAGGGACACAUUAAGAUUAAUUGAUGAAACAUGGAAAUAUAACUUUAUCAUUGGCCAUUCUACUAAGGAACAUAUUCAACUGGAAUUAGCAUAUUUUGAUAUAUUCAGUAGUGAAUUGUUGAAUAAUAGAAUGCCAACAAUGAUUGGAGAAGACAAACCUGAUCUAGAAUAUCUUAUUGAAAGACUCCAAGACUCCAUCAUCUUUCGAUUGCAUGAUUAUAUCCCUCAGGAUUUAUCAUUGGAUAGCAUUGAGUUUCAAGAUUAUCAAAAUAUGGAGUUGAUAUCAUGGUUCGAGUUUGGUGAUUUCAAAUUGAAAGAUAGUGGCGCAACGCUACCUUGGCUUAAGUUAUUUAGCGUAACAAAAUUACUAUUAUCAUAUUACAAUAUGAGAGUAUGUGAUCCUCUGGAGGUAAGCAUUCCCUUAUUCAAGAGAAGGAGAAAACUUGAAAAUUAUGCCUCGUAUUUGAAGGAUUCUGACAGUAUAUUUGAAUUCAUUAAGAACUGCAUUGGCAGCACGACAGGCACCACUUUUCAAAUAUUUGGUCUGCAACUUUGUUCCUUUGUUUCAGCAUUGACGAAUAUUAAAGCCAGUCAAGUAAAAUCUUUACAAGAAAUAAUUUUGAAACAGUUUAGCAAUACAGAGCUAAUAGGCUGGUCACUCUUGACUUUAAUUCCUUUGAUAUCUCAGAGAGAUUAUCCAGAUUGCUAUGAAGAUUUCGUUACGAUACUAAAACUGUCUUUACCUUUGGUCAAAGUAUUGACACUCUGUCGUCAAGCAUGUACUCUAGUUAGCACCCUUCUUAGAUAUUCGAAUCAGAUUCUUUUGGAUGAGAAAGCCUUAAAUUUGAUAUACGACAUGUACGAACUCUCAGAUAUCAAUGGUCCAGUUAUAUUGUCACAAGAGACGUUUUGCUUUUGGGAGACACUUCAAAUCUAUGGCAAAAAUUUCAAAUCUAGAACAGGACGCUCUUCUUCUUCAAGAAUAGUUGACUGGUUAAAUCAAAAAUGGCCGGAGCUUAAUAACUUUAACGAUAAGAAAUUUACCUUUGCAAGGUUUAUUGGUUGGCUUUCAGGGCGAGAUGUUGAGGAACGAACGUUUAUUGAAGAUGAAAAAUGGCGAGUAUUUGAUUGGCAUAGUACUCGCUGGGAGUCUAAGUAUUACUAUUGGAAAUUAUUAGAGGAACAAAGGAAUUUUCUUUUGCAGAAACAGCUACGGAACAAGACCUUUGGUUCCUACGACACAAAAAUAAUAAAAUGUAACCUCGAGAAGGUGCAUAUAGAUAGCCUACUUUCUCAAAUUUUAGACUUAGUUGGGAACUCAUAUUCUCAGAAGGAAUCAAGAAAUGUUUUUUGGUUAACUGAAAUUUUAAAAAUAAUAUCAUAUCUUUCUGGUGAUUCAAACUUUGUGAAUUUCACAGUGUUUUACAAGGAAAAAGUCCGGUUAGGAUUAUCUUCAACAUCAACAGACAGCGAAUACUUCAGUAACCUUUCCGAGCGCCUACUUACGCUGAAUGCCCCCAAUGUAAGCCAUCUCCUUUUUGAGGGUCUAGAUGCAACAACAAUAUUGGGUAGUUUUAAUGAAAUUUUAAUACGAUCACAGGCCAUUGCUCCAGAUGAUGAGUUUGCGGAGAAUGUGAGAGGUAACUCUGAACGUAGAACAAAAGAGGAUGAAGUGCAAUUCCUUUCAAUUCCCUAUGUCCAAUCCGAUCUUACGCUGAUUGUGGGUUCAUUACUGCUCAUUAUGAAACGAGAGGAGGUAGGUAUCUGUAUGUCAUCUUUAAUUGGGUUUAUGAAACUUUUGAAGGUUGAAGAUAUGAUGCUAUGUCUUCCGCCAAUUAUCAACUUUCUAAGAAGACAUUUAAAUGAAAAUGUUUUACCUACACCAACAUUUUUAGAAGACCUAACACAGCUAAUCGGUGAAAAAUUGUUGGGGCCAUCUUACAAUACUAGUAAUCUAACGUUAUUGCUUCUUUGUGAUUACUUAGAUUCAAUCAGGGUGCAAUGGCUCAGCGAAGUAGGUAACGAGUUGAACAUUGACUGCAAUGAUAUACUUGAUUGGAUUAUCGCACGUUUUGAAGAUGAUUCUUUUGGCGGUGUUUUCUCAACUGUUAGAUUUACUAGACUUCUAUUAAACAUGUUACGGUAUAAUAAUUUAUCGAAUGGAUCAAUAAAGGGUGGUAAGCAAAGGAUAUUUGCCGCAUUUACCAAAUGUUUACAACAAUUGGAUCAUCAGACUAUUAUAUCAUUGUUACCACAGAUAUCUGAAUACAUGUCUACCAUUAGUUACAAAAACUCGAAUAUUGUGUUUACAGAGCUGACUACCAUUCUGGGAACACCACAACAAAGUAUAGAAUUAUCUUCCUCUUAUUGCCUCACCAUGAUAAAGCUUUCCGAGAUUUCUUACCCCUCUUUGAUAUACUCAAUUUUAGACAUGCUUUUAUAUUCGGAUUUUGAACAUACAAGAUCAUAUAUUUUUAUUGCAUUUGAGAAAAUAGUUGAAAAUUCAAAAUUCCAAAACCUGCAGAACCUAUUUGAACACUGCAAGUUCGACGUUCUUUCGUCGUGGUGCUGUCAAAUAAAUGACGGAAACAUACAAGAGAUCGGAUGGGAUAUUGAGUUGUUUGGCUUUGAUAACCUGUCUUUUUUCAUGCAAAAGUAUUCUAGGGAAAUUUCAGCCAUAUAUUUCUCUCAAGGAUUAAACAGCCGAGAAAUAUUAGAUAAAUUAAUUUCGGUUCAGAAGUCAUCUGAAUCACAACUUCUAGUUGACUGUUAUUAUAUCUCUAUUCCUCUUUCCUUUACUAUAAGGGGGAUUAAAAGUUCAAUAUUUGAUGUUAUAAAGGAACUUUUAGGAAAAAGUUUAGGCAAGACGCACAACCAAUACUCUCUUCUGACAAUCAAAUGGAUAUUAAAAUUUCUUGAUCUAGGGUCUCUCAACGAAGUUAUUCCCGUAAUGAAGCAACUUUAUGGAAAUUCAACCAUUUUUAGUAUUAUUUUUGAGGAUGGAAACAACUUACCUAGAUACCAAUUUCCUCUUAGCAUUAAUAUAUUAACAGGGGUGAAAAUGAUUAAAUCAAAGUUUGGUGAAGAGCUACUCAGUAUUGAUAAUUUGACGCUUUUGGCACUGUCGUUUCUGGUGGAUCUUGAAAAUGCUGAGACAAUGCAGGAAAAACUUCAGUGCAUUCGAGGAAUAAAAUAUAUACUGAUUGUAUUUGAACCAUUGUUGCCGAAAUUCAAAAGUUUUGAUCUUCUACUGGUGAAACUUUCAAACUUUUUAGUGGAAGAUAAUUUGCAUAAUGAGCUUGUACCGCUCAUUACCGGGAUCUUAUCAAUGGUAUAUGAACAAGAAAUUUUACUUGAUACAGCGUUGACUGUGUUAUUCUCAAAACUUCUCAUGUUCAGACGUGACUUUUCCAAAACUAUAAAAAGUUCACUUGUUAAGAUGCUCCUUUUGGUUACAUCUAGGAAAAGCAAAUACUCAGAAGUGUGGAGAUAUUGCACAGAUAUCCUUCAAGAUAGAACCGUUGAUGACAAAAUUUAUGGAAACAACGAUUUUUUGAUGACAACACAAUAUAGAGAAGAGAAUAUUAUUUUGUUGUCGUUGAUGUUUGAAUAUGCUAGGGCACCCAGACAUUUUCGUUUGGCGUAUACUCCACCCCAAAAUAUGAUUGAUAAUUUACUUAGGUUCCCCAUUAAAGAUAUUACGGUGUCUUUUAAUUUUAAGCUCUGGAUGUCCUAUAAUUUAGCAAGUUUUACUAAUUCAAAUAGCACGACGAGCCCAAAAAUGAAAGGGAGUAUAUAUCUUGAAGACUAUACUGAACUUUUUGAUGGCUCAUGUAAUGUGCAUUCAAUAUAUGGCAAAUUUUUCAAUUUCUUAGAACGAGACGUCACUGUUACAAGGACAAACUCUAAGACCUACUUUAUCGUUCAAUCAAUCCUUUUUUUUUUAGUCCAGAAUAGUGAGUUCCUAGUAGAUAUCGAGCAGACUAUACAGGAAAAAUUAUUGGAGAGUUACGGAAAUAUAUGCGUUCAUAUGAGUGAGGUAACAUACCGAACGUUACACAUGUCUGGUUUCCAAACGUUUUGUACCAUUUUUGAAUUUUCAGCAAAUUAUUUGUUAGCAGGGAGCCAAACCUUUGAAAGUUGGCUUUACCAUCUAAAUUCAUGUCUAUUACACCAUUUAAUGGUAAACGUACCUCACGUAUUUAUCCUAGACCCACUUUUAAAAGCUUCCGUCAUCUUCUCGCAAGAACUACUACCCACGUUAUUAUACACUACGUUAAACUACGACCCUAAUACUGUUACCAGCUGGGCCAUUGAACUCAUUGAAAAAGCCCGUCAGUUAUUUACUGCUACAGAUGGAGCCAGGAAAGUGCAUUCAAUCUUAUCAAUUAUAAAGGUACUUCGUUUUGGUUCUAGAAAGAACGAUCGACAAUCCAUACGUGUUUAUGGUGCCUUGGACCUUAAUGAAAUACGCUCAAUCGCAAUGGAAGCUGGGGAUACAACUUUUGCAUUAAUGCUCUAUGAAGAAAUGUAUUCCAAACCUUCAAUAGAAUUAGAUAUAUCGACAUUAAAGCAAAUAUACGAGACUAUUAAUGAUAUUGAUCUUUUGGCAGGCUUGCCUGCUCCCCAUUCUCUAAUGGAUGUCACUCAGUUUAUCAAGAGGACGGAACCAAAUUCAUGGAAAAACUUUCUAUUUAGCAACGCAGAAAUGGAUUCCACUUUUAUUAAGUCUUCUGUGAUCGAGCGACAAUCAGUUAUGCACUCUACAGAAUUUAAUGGAUUUUAUGGAAUUACAAAAUCCUUGAAUAGCGAACUAACAAAUGCUAUAUCUGAUGAUUCUUAUAAAUGGAGUCUUCAAUUAGGGAACUGGGAUUUACCUGCUCCAGAACUACUAAAUACUAAAGAAAAAGCGUUGUACUAUACCCUGAAAGGUAUGACACAAGAUCCUUUGAAGGUUUGCAACAGUUUAGAACAAUCUCUAUUGAAGAUAUUUGAUAGUAAAUAUCACUUUCAAUAUGAGCACGAAUGGCUGGAAACUAUUAGUGAAGUUCUAUUGUUUCGGCACACGUUGAAUUUAGCUCCAAACUCAACGGAGCUUGUAGACCUACUCAGUUAUAUUAGGACACUAAAUAAAAGAAAGCUUGAAGUAUUAGAGUUUGAAGGAUAUAAGGCUAAUUUACAAAGCAGAUUUAUGUUUUUUGACUCUCUAUCCAGAAAUGAUAAAUUACCCUUAAAGUUCAAACCUUCUGACUUGAAAAUUGCAGCCUGUUUGCAAUUGGCAAAUCUUGUAGAAGUCGCAAUAGAUAACGAUGCUUCUCAAGAUGCUCUUCGAACAUCUUUCGUGCUAACCCACACUGUGACACAAUUUCAAAAAAAUUUACAAGAUCCCGUAUUGCAGAUCCAAUCAAAAAGAUUAAAUCUAUAUUCAUCAGCAAUUUCUCUGUGGAAAUCGAAAGAAGUAAAAACACCAAUCGCAAUGAUGCACGAUUUAUUGGAAGAGGGGACAGAACCCAUAGAAUGUCUCAGCAACUCAUCUCCUGAAAUGAAGAUAAGAUCGUUACUGGAAGUCUCAAACGACCAAGUUGUGGCUAAUAUUGUUGAAUGGAGCUCUGAAAUGAAAAUGGAAACUUCUUCAGCUAUAUUUGAUAAAUAUAUUAAUGGCAGAGAAAUAUCCUUGAAUGAUCCAUCCUUGCGCGCUGAUGUGUUCUAUGCAUUAGGGAACUUCUUAAAUAAAGAGGUUCGAAAGUUACAAGAAAGUGGUGAAAUAGAUGAAAAGAAAAAAAGGUGCGACGCUGGAAUCAUUGAUUUAAAUGCUCUUGAACUAAUUUAUAGAAACACAAAAUUUCCUGAGGAUGAACGCAAGGAUGCCAAACGUCACUUCAAUAGAGUUAAACUACAACUUAAUAGAGAUCAAGAACUAUUGAAGAGGCUAGUAACUCAAAGAACUAAUUUUGUAUGGACCGCACUCCGUUUUUAUCUUAAUACCUUAGUGUAUACAAACAAGCACAACUCAAAUGUAUUAGAUAAGUUCUGUGGGUUAUGGUUUGAAAAUGAUAAAGAUGUUGAGAUCAAUAGGAAGCUAUAUAAGGAUAUUAGUGCAGUCCCUAGCUGGAAGUUCUUAUCAUGGGUAAACCAAAUUGCUUCCAAAUUAUCUAUUGAGGAAACGGAAUUUCAAAAACCAUUGCAGUUGACUAUGAAGAGGUUAUUAUAUAAACUACCUUAUGAUUCCUUAUUCUCCGUGCUUAGUAUCAAGUUAUAUGAAGGGUAUUCUAUGACGAUGGGUUCAUCCAUUAACCUUAAAGUUAAGGCGGUAGAGCAAAUAUUUAAAGAACUCCAAGGAUAUGAAAACGGUAAAUUUUAUAUCAGUUACAUCACUCCCAUUGAGGAAUUCUGCAAAAUGUCAAUUGAGUUAGCUAAUGUCAAAUUUGCCCGUAACGUCAGGAAACUUAGACUUUCUAAUCUAAAUAUCGGUGAAUACUGGAUGAAAAGAUUACCAACUUUUCAGAUACCUUUACCUACAAUACAUUUUCCUAUUAGCUGUUCUGCUGAUGGUAGAAAUGCUAGACCGUAUAUUGUCUCAGUUGAUGAAACGGUGAGUAUUACCACGACUGGUUUAUCGUUACCAAAAAUUGUUACUUUCACUAUAUCAGAUGGUUCUAUUCACCGGGUUCUUAUGAAGGGGAGUAACGACGAUUUAAGGCAGGAUGCAAUUAUGGAACAAGUCUUCCAACAAGUCAAUAAUAUUUUGAAGAAUGACAAACAGUUAAGAAAAUUCGAGAUGGGGAUUAGAACCUAUAAAGUUAUACCACUAGGUCCACAGGCUGGUAUUAUAGAAUUUGUAGCCAACUCGUUGGCAUUGCAUCAAAUUCUAUCGGACUUACAUCAGAAUGACACACUCAAGUUUGAUCAGGCAAGAAAGGCAAUGAAAUCGGUCCAAACAAAGGAUGCAGAUUGUCGCUUAAGAACCUACUUGAAGAUUACGGAAGAUAUUCAACCAGAAAUGAGGAAUUUCUUUUUUGAUGCAUUCCCUGAUGCCAAUGAAUGGUUAGAAGCUAAGAGACGUUAUACUAAAGGUGUUGCUACUACGUCCAUUGUUGGAUAUCUUUUAGGGUUAGGUGAUCGACACUUGAAUAAUAUUUUAAUAGAUCGUUCCACAGGUGAACCUAUCCAUAUUGAUUUAGGAAUUGCAUUUGAUCAAGGUCGUUUAUUACCUAUUCCCGAAUUAGUGCCAUUUAGACUGACUAGAGAUAUGAUAGAUGGGUUUGGAGUCACAGGUGUGGAUGGAUUAUUUAGGAGAAGUUGCGAAAAAGUUUAUUCCGUAUUAAGAAGAGAUUCAGAAAAGAUGAUGUGCGUCUUGAAUGUCUUAAAAUGGGAUCCAUUAUACUCAUGGGUGAUGUCACCUGUUAGGAAACAUAAGCAUUUACUUGAAGACGACACUGAUUUAUAUUCUAGUAUGAGUUCGAAAGGUAACGACGUAAAUGAUAGUGAGGAAGAAAAUCGAGAAUCUUAUAGAGCAUUAAAGGGAGUUGAAGAGAAGUUGAUGGGGAAUGGGCUAAAUAUAGAAGCUACAGUACAAGAACUGAUUUCUCAGGCUACAGAUCCUGCUAAUUUGGCCGUUAUAUAUAUGGGGUGGUCGCCUUUCUACUGA